GUACCUACGGGGCAUGUUCUGGUACGACAUCCUGGCAGCGCUGCCAUGGGAUCUGGUGCUCAAGGGCGUGUAUCAGCCCACCGGCACCGCUGCUGUCGCCCUCUCCGCCUUCGGCCUGCUGCGACUGCUGCGCCUCAUCCGCCUCUGGAACGUGCUGUGGGACAUGGCAGUGGACGUGCGGUACGACUACAUCUCCACCAGUGUGCACAAGUUCGCCCUCCUCAUCCUCUUCGCCGCCCACUGGUCCGCCUGUGUCUUCUUCCUCCUCGCGCGCGUGCGCAACUUCAGCGAAGACACGUGGGUGGGGCACUGUGAGCCCGACCUGCCUCUGCGCCCUCCACUCGACGCCUAUGUCACCUCCAUCUACUGGCUACGGCGACUUGUCAGCCUUCACAGUACCGGAGCGCAUCUGGGCAGCACUGUUCAUGCUGGUGAAUCUGGGCCUCACGGCGUACGUGCUGGGCAACAUGACCGUGCUGCUCACCAAGGCCGACGCCCACACCGCCACCUACCGCGACCGCCUCAGCGCCAUCAACAGGAGCAGAGGUGAGCGGGUGGAGAGGAGUCGAAGUGCAGGCGCACCUCAAGCUGCGCCUGGACACUGCAGAGAGGCCAGCGGGAUGGUGUGGACUCCAAUCUCACUGCCCAGCUUCCCGGUGAGGGAUGAUGUGUUGUUGCACUGCCCAUCAUCCGUGCGCACGCUGGUGAAGCGCCACGUGUACUCGCGCUUCAUCAACUCCUCCUACCUCUUCGCCGGCACCUCCAACGUCUUCCGCGACCAAGUGAUAACGCGGGCCAAUGUGGAUUUCUUCUUGCCACACGUGGACCUGGUGGCAGCCGGCAACAGCACCACGGAGCUGCUCAUCAUUGCCUCGGGGCAGGCGCAGGAGCGUGCUUCAUGGUGCACGCACUGGUGCGGUGUGGUGCGCCACAGUAAGGUGCUAGUGCGUGACAAGGACGGCAACGAGAUGCAGUGGUUCGUGCUGCACGAGGGGGGCUGCGUGGGAGAGAUCGCCUUCCUGUGUGACCUCACGGAGCUGUGGACGGUGCGCACGCUGUCGGUGUGUCGGGUGCUCUCCAUCUCACGAGACGACUACCGCUCCGUGGCUCGCACCCACCCCGCUGACGACCGCCACGUCAUCACCAACCUGCUCAACCGGGUGCGCAGCAGGGCGGAGGCGACGGCCCGGUUCUACCCCGGCAACAGCACCAUGGCAGAGCUGUCUCUGCUGCUCAAGAACGAGGUCGAGCCCGUGCACAUUAGUUCAGUGGGUGCAGCAAGAGACUUCAGCAACGAGUCCAUUUCGUUCUGUUGUUCAUCUCCCUCUACCCCACAUCUCCCUCUACCCCACAUCUCCACAUUCCGCCUGCCCACCUCACUCCCUCACUUCCACCUUCUUCGCCUACCUGCCUCCCUCACUCAUCAUUCCUCUGUGUCAACCCUUGCACAUCCAGUCGUUCCACCACCGUCUGGUGCAGGAGACGCUGAUGGACGUGCUUUGCCGCCCAAAGGGGUACAUUCUAGGGUCGAACCCCAACUCUUUCCUUCCACCCCUCUCCUCCCAACCCCUCAGUCGUUCCGCAACCGGCUGGUGCAGGAGACGCUGAUGAACUUGUGCUACGCGGCCAAGCUUGGCGACAUGCUGGAGUGCUUCCGCCUCGCUGCAGGCGGCUUUGAUGUGGCGGCUGCUGACUACGAUGGCCGCACGCCCAUGCACCUAGCGGCAGUGACAGGGCAGGACAAGGUGGUGCAAUUCCUGCUGGCCCAUGGAGCACAAGUGAACGCCAAGGACGCCUUCUGGCGCACCCCCCUGCAGGAGGCUGUUGCUGCCGGCCACUGGAGCACCGCUGAGAUCCUCCGCAGUGUGCCCUCCUUGCCCCUCACGUGCUGGCACUCCACUUCCCUGUCCCUUCUCUUGCACUCCCCUACUUCUCCGCUUCCUAUCUUUCACUACUCCCCCUCUCUCUCCAACGCCGCCUUGCCUCUCUCCCCACUUCGCCCCCCCCAUCCCUCCCACAUCUCCUCCCAGCCACCAGGGAAUGACCCGGCCGCGCAAUCACCGGAAGCACACGUGCCAUCUCGCCUGCUCCACCACCACCCCAACCACCCGGCGCGCCUUUCACUCCCCCUCCCUUCCCCCCUUCCAGUCGUGCAGUCGCCCUCACCAAGCUUCACCAUGCAAACAGACAAGCGCCCUUGUGCACACCCCAGCCUAGCCGCUUAA